CAAGAGAGGAAGGAAAGUUUAGGGAGGGUGACAAAAGGAAAAAGGUUGGGACAAGAGAAAUAAAGGGCAAAAGAAAGUAAAUAUGCCUAUCAGAGGAUGAAAAGAUGAUGAAAAACAAGGAAAAAAAACUGAGUAUUUGCCAGGCAGCUCACCUGUGUCUAGAAAGCUGUGUUUUCUGUUUGGAAUCUGAAGAAAGAGAUAGGGCAGGGGCUGAGGGAGGAAGAAGAAAAGAGACUGGAGGAGAGUGAGAGAAAAAGGAAGCAGUCUGCUGUUUCACACACUGGUGGUGAAGUUGAACCCCUUGCAAGAAUUCUCCUGGCUAUGUCCGCCAUCUGGAAUGUCGAGUCACUUCCUCUGUCUGCCCUGCGCUCUAACGGGGUUGUCCUCUGCCUCUCUGCUCCCUCCCUCUGCUCUGACAGCACUCUGAAGAACUGCUGGAGACCACACCAGUGCGGACGGGACUCUACUGACAAGACACACACGCCAGCACACAAACAUCCAGCAUGAAAACGAGACCCCCGGAGUAGCCCACAUCCAACCAGGCACACUCUAAAUGGAAUCUGGGACUGGAAGAAGCAAAGACAACUGCAGUCAUCAGCUGAACUUUUUGGAGGGUGUUUCUAUUCCCUUAUAUGGCAGCAGAGCUUGGAAAUCAUUUGAAUUAGUCUGGUUUCUGUUGCAUGCCUGUCUGGUUUUAGUGCUGACUGAGUUCCAUCUGGUAUGUUUCUGUCUCUGCUGUGUGCGUGUGUGAGUGUGUGGGUGCCGUGUGUGUGGCUUGAUUUGUUUGUUUUGCCAUUCUUGGUUCUUAUUUUCCUGUUGUUUGCAUGUGGGGUUUUUGUUUUGGAACAGGAGGAGGGCUUGUGUUUUUGGUUAAGCUAGAGGCACCGUCAUUGCCUCAGGGGUGGCUGUCUCAUUCAGGCUGUGCAGCACCUCUCGCUAUUUUUCCUCUACCUCCUUCCCUCUCCCUCCCUCACACUGCUAUGAUGGUCUGUGUUUGUUGGAGCAACACACCCACCUGGGUGCAGCAACUUGAAACCAAAAACUGAAACAGGGUCUCUCUACUCAAGGAUAUUAUCAGAAAGUUAGAAAGUUGGAGCUUCUGUUGAGGAGCAGGCUGUUAAAGAGGACUCGCAAUCCUCACAAUCAGCUGGAUGUUUCUUCUUUCUUCCUCUAAUGCAACAGGAUGUGUGACCCAGAAGCUACCAUCAGGGACUCAGGAAGUGCUAGCUUAUAUAGACAAGGUGUGGGGUUGUCUGUUUGACACUUUGAUCAUGAAGAGGAGGAUCAUGGGAAAGUAGAGCACUGAAGUAGAGCACUCAACACACUGGCGCUGACAAUUUGAAUGACAGACCACCAGCGUCAUGCCAUCUGAGCAAGUCUGACGCAGUAAACUUGCGUUAAAAAAUUGUGUUAUGUCAAGUUCAUCACCUCAUGUGGAUUAUUUUUAUGAACAUAUCUCACUACAUUGAUUGCCAUGGCUGCGGCAGCAUGGUAUCAUCGCGACAUCAGCCGUGUGCACGCAGAGGACUUGCUGGCACGGGCAGGGAGGGAUGGCAGCUACCUAGUGAGAGACAGUGAGUCUGUGCCAGGAGCCUAUGCAUUGUGCCUGCUGUUCCAACGUCAUGUUCACACCUAUCGUAUUCUUCCCGAUGCAGACGGCCUUCUAGCAGUUCAGACAACACAGGGGGUGCAGGUAAACUGUUUCCGGACUCUGGAGGACCUGGUGUUGGGGUACCAGCAUCCCCACAAGGGCCUUGUCACUCCUCUGCUCUACGCUGUUCCCCGUGAUACAGACACUGGGGAUGAGAGUUCAGAUGAAGAGAAGCUGCCUCCACUUCCAGCCUCAGUCAGCACAGUGCCUUUCAUGGGACCACCAGCAAAACCAGCCCCUAAUGCCCUAUUCCUGGAUAAGUUGCAGGAGCUGAACACAUCCAGUACUGCGGGUGAGGUGAUUGGUCUACUCAAUGACUACCUCUUCAGUGAGCUGCCUCUCGACAUUGAGAAUGUGCAUAAAGGAGCAACAACUUUAUCCCACCUCAAGCGUACUCUGGGUACUGCCUGCCAAGGCCUAAACAGUGAGAUUGACCUGACUCUCUCAAGUCUGGAAACCCUGGCCAAGGUCUUCGACCAUCCUAGCUGCUCUUUAACACACAGCAAGGCACAGGGCCCAGAGAUGGAGAUAGACAGCCUGUUGUUUAAGAUUUCAGCUUUGGUCAGCCUCCUUUCUUCAUUGGAGAAAAAGGUAUUAAAAGCAUUACAAGAUGCAGUGACCAAUCACAAUCUGGCAGUGCAGCCUAACCCACCCCCUCCUGAACCUACACCCACCAAUGUAACACCUGUCAAGAACCAUGCCAGACAGCUGCCAGUCCACUCCUUUCAGGUGAGGAUGGUGAGGUAUGGCAGACAGACAGUUUCUGUGGAUGUGGACACAGGAGUGCUGCUCUUUGACAGGAAGACUGGUUCAUUUGGUAUAGAGAGGGUCUCAUAUGACAGAAUCCUUCAGAUUGUCAAGUUCCAGAGCAGUCCGGCCAAGGUCCGCAUGGUGGUCGACAGUCACCACAGCACACCACGGGAGAUGACGUUUGAGAGUGCACGGAAACGUGAUGCCUUCUGCCAACUUCUCCAACUGAUGAAAACUAGGCACUCCCACCUGAGUGAACCUGACGUGGUCUCUGUGUUUGUUGGCACCUGGAAUAUGGGAGGUUCCCCUCCUCCUCGAAGCCUGCAGUCUUGGGUGACCUGUUGCGGUUUGGGACACACCCCUGAUGAGUCGACCGCCUUGCUCCCUCACGACAUCUAUGCCUUGGGGACUCAGGAAAACCCCCAGGGGGAGAGAGAAUGGACUGAACAUAUCAAAGCAACUCUUCGCAGCUACACUCACAUUGACUUCAAACAAGUGGCAGUACAGUCCCUCUGGAAUAUGAGGCUGGCUGUGUUUGUGAAGCCGGAGCACGAGAGUCGCAUCAGCCAUGUGAACACAGCCAGUGUGAGGACUGGCUUGGGCAACACAUUAGGAAACAAGGGAGCUGUUGGUAUCUCCCUCUUCUUCAACGGAACAUCUUUUGGGUUUGUUAACUGCCACCUGACCUCUGGCAGUGAGAAAGUCCUGAGGAGGAACCAGAACUUUGUGGACAUGCUCAGACUGCUCUCUCUGGGUGAGAAACAGCUCGGUGCCUUUGACAUCAGCCUGCGCUUCACCCAUCUCUUCUGGUGUGGAGACCUCAACUACAGACUCGACUUGGAUGUACAGGACAUCCUGAAACAUGUAUCUAAGAGAGAGUUUGAGGAGCUCAUGUGUGCAGACCAGCUGACCCGAGAGAGACACAAGAGGAAGGCCUUUCUCAAUUUCAAGGAAGAGAAGAUUGCAUUUCCACCCACCUAUCGGUAUGAACGGGGCUCUAGAGACUGCUACCUAUGGCAAAAGUACAAGAGUUCAGGAGUGCGAGUCAAUGUUCCAUCAUGGUGUGAUAGGAUUCUGUGGAAGUCCUACCCAGAGACACACGUCAUCUGCACUGCAUAUGGUUGCACAGAUGACAUCUUCACAAGUGAUCACUCACCUGUUUUUGCCACGUUCCAAGUGGGAGUGACAUCACAGUUCAGCUCCAAAACAGAUAUAAAUUCAAGCAUGGAGAGGGCCUGGAUAGAACUUGAAGGCAUCGAGGCCAUUGUGAAGACCGCAAGCAAGGCAAAGUUCUUCAUUGAAUUUCAUUCGUCUUGCCUUGAAGAGACACGACGCUCGAGUGAGAAUGACUCACAGAGCUGUGAUGUUCCCGGAUUUCUCAAACUGGGCUGGUCCAUCAAACAACUGCCAAAGCUUCUUCCAAUCAUGUCCGACUUGGAGUAUCUUCAGGAUCAGCACCUGCUGUUGUCUGUCAAGUCAUGUGAUGGGUUUGAGUCAUACGGCGAAUGCUGCAUGGCUCUGCGCUCACUCACUGGUGCGUCAGAGCAGUUCGAGACAUUUUUGAGUCACCGAGGCGAAGAGAUGGGCUCCAUAAGAGGACGGGUCAGGAUCCAUGUGCCCAAGGACAGACAAGGAACGCGGGAGAAGAUCUACGAGUGGUUCUAUUUUGAGAAAGAUUAUAAAGGUCCUGGGAUGGGACACAUGUCUCCUGCAUCUACACGGGUCCCAAUAAACAGGUCCUCGGCAGCUCCUCCCAAACUCACUCCGAGCAGCUACACCAAUCCUGCCUACUUCAUCUUUGAAGGUGUGUCAGUGGCGCGCAGGGUGGAGGAGGCUCUCCCCCUGCGAAGGGACCCUCAGGUGAUCUGGUCUGGAAAUGAGGCCUUGCAGCUCCCAAAACUCUCAGGACGUCAGGGCUUUGACAGAAGACCCUGUCGCAGAUCAGACUUUACAGAGAUUGAAAUUCCAGCCGUCCUGCCCCAGUACACUCCAACCAACGACCUUCACACACCCCAAACCAACUCCUCCUAUCAGCUUUUCCCGGCCAAAAACCCAUCUCCCAUACCUCCACCCUCAAGUAACGCCAUGUCACAGUACCAGGAACAGACUUCACAACCCAGAGACAAAUACCAAGGUAAAAAUAUUGUUCAAGACUCCAUACUGCCCGAGAAGAACCUGAGGAACUUGUAUAUGAAUCACUCUGCAAUCAUCAGGGAAAAAGCCAGAAGAGAUCAACAUCAGCUUCUCCCAGAAAGGUCCAAUCCUAUCCGGGCAGCCAAGGCACCAUCAGCUUUCUCCUACGUCCCCACUCACUUAGCGCACUGUCGCCUCUCUGUUCCUUGGAUGGUGGAUCAGCAACCCCCUGGACCUACAGGAGACAACUCCCUCACUGCUUUGCAAAUUGCCAAGUCCCUUAGCGAAGUUGACUUCUUCCCCACAGAGCAGAGAGGCCCAUCCAUACCCAACCAGAGGUCAUGUUAUAGAAAUGGCCCUUCCAUGCAUGGAGAUAGAGGCUACAGCUGGGAGAAAGAGGUGUCUGUCCUCCAAGGUGCACCAGAGACCGUGCAGGAGCUGCUCAGUACUCUGGGUCUUCAGAAAUACACCCUGGGACUCAGCCUCAAUGGCUGGGAUGAUCUGGAUUACUUCAGUAUCACUGAGGAGGAUCUUCGUGCUGCCGGAGUGAUGAACCCUUCCCACCGACGCAGGAUUCUCGAGAACCUGCCCAGGAACUGGAACUGACAUACAGAGAUGAAAAGCAUUGAUGGUAUGAAGCCUCGUAGUCUGCCCAAUUAGAACUGGAAGAAGUGUUAGAACUGAGAUCUGAAAGGAGGACAGACUGAUCGGAUAUCAAUCACAUCAGCUGGACUUUACCACAGCCCUGCCAUCUUUUCAUUUACUCAAUCAGUACUGUAACAAUAGUUUGUCUGUGUCAACACAGCAAAGGGAACAUAGUGCAGGAAGUACUCGUUGCACAGCCUGCUUUAUUCAUCCAUCCAUCUUGACAGAUAUCGAAAGAGGUGGGUGACGUGAAUAGAAACCCUUGAUGUGCAUCUCCAGUUACUGACACCUAUACAAAUAUUGAUUAUGGUAUCAUGGUCUCAUUGAUUUUGUUUUAAAUGACUUUUAAGUGACUAUAAAAAUAUAGUCCUUCAAUUUCCAGUGUUCACUGAUGGCUAGUGUUUAUCAUUCACAUUCAUCCCUUCUACUGUGUGCUUUCCAUUACUCUGCUAUUAUUGAGCCUGGAUCUGAGCUUGUAAAAGCCCUCUUUUAAACCUAUGGAGCAUAAAAUCCAUAGCCGCACAUAUCUACUGGAACAUUGUCUGUAAAGUUGGUAUAGAAGGACCUGCCAUAUCUCAUUUGUUUACUGUCUCAUACUGUUGCUAUCAUGUCACUUAAUCAGUACUUAUGUCCACUGUGCAUGUUUUAUGCAACCUUUAUCAAAUAAAGUGCAUAAAGCAACUCUUGACUGUCACCAAGCAA